GUUCAUUGGAUCAAACCUCCCACUCGACUUUGCGAAUCUGUACUGGAAAUGCGUUUUACGAGAACUUUCUUCUUGCUGGGCUGUAUUGUUCCUGUUUUGCAGCCGGCAGUGCUUAUAUAAUACUUGGAAGUUUCUACUCCUUGGAUUAAUUAUUUCCGUUCAAUUUAAAUCAUCCCGCAAACCACUAAGAAAUUCAUAGUUAGAUUCCUAACAAUUAAACGGAUUUAAACGAAUAGAGCGUAUUGUUAGUGGGCUGUUUUGUAGGAAAUUAUCGCAAAAGUCGUCUCUGCUUAAUGCCUAAAACGGAUUUGAAAAGUUGUUGACCGGCAGACCUUUAAAAAUUAGGGAAGUCGUUUCGCGAAGCACUUACGCUAAGGACACGGAAUAGUUUGGAACGCAACUGAAGCCGAGAAGCUGCUGAGGGAGGUUUUUGUCUUGGAAAAAAAAUACAACUGGCGUGCUUAAUGGAUUAACAUGCUUGUGGUGGUUCUAGUCUAAAGAAUGUCGGCAGUUCGGUGGACUGAAUAAACUGAGAUGUUGUAGUUCCAACUGGUUACAAAAACACCAGAUAUGGUCCUGCCCGUGAUGCAUCUGGGGCUUGCACAUCUGUUUGCUAUAUUGUUACAAACGGCUUAAAUGUACAUCCAAUUUCAUUGCAGCAGCGGAUGACUGAAGCCAUACCGAUAACCUCAACCGAUCAACAACUGAACAUUGCGGUCAGUAAUUGCAUUGAAAACAAUCGAAAAAGAUGUGAGGCUCGUCGAGUUGGUGUGGUGAACGAAUGCUAAAGCUUUAAGGAAUUUCAUUUGUAGUACAUCGCGAAUACUUAAGUGGCACUCACUGGAGGCUAUCUGGCAGACUAAAAUUCCACUGAGACUCGCUCUCACUUUCCCACACAGGUUGGAGAUCUAAAGACUUCUUCGGCAGCAUGCGUUCAUUUUCUGUUCAAGUACUUGUGAUCCUGACAACGUUUGGAGGACUUUGUUCAGGUGAGGUUAAACGCAUUUCAUUGACUUCUAAUUGAAGUGGAAUCACUUCGUUUAUUUCUUUGCGCAACAUCUCUCUUAAAAUGAUCUCGAGCAUUUCUUGACAGUUGAGCAACAGCAAUGUUUUCUAAUUGAAAAAUUGCGAUUAAUGUUUCAGUAAGUGUUUAAGCUUCGUUGGAGCUAACAAGGGAAUCUUAGUGGUCUUUAUACAUUUGUUUGACGCAUACAUCAUGACGUGCACAAGACAGUGAUAAGUACAUACUUACAAAAGAGCAGACAAGGAAGGUAUCUGAUCACCUUUGAUUUCUAAGAGGAUCUUUCGUUUAUCAAAAAAAGGUUCGUGAUGCUAAAAAUCCCACGAGAGCUAUACGAACCGCCAAACGCUCAUUUGCAACGAUUCCUAGCGCCUAAACAACAUUGUGAAGAUAAUGCAAUUUUACACUCCAAAAAAGACAAUGUCGUAAUGUCACCACUGCCGUCCUUUGUCUGGACUGAAAGACCGAGAAACAGUGUUGAUUUUUUUUCUUGUAUGCAGGACUUAUAAAAACAUCGUGCUUUUGAAGAAUUAACUAGAUUCGCACAGAGGAGAUUGUUUUUAUCAUUAAAGCGUAGUUUCAGCGGCGAAUUUUCCUGAAAUGACAUAAGAGCCCCCAAGAGUUUAUCCCCUUUUUUUCUUAGAUAGACCAGGCAAAGCCUAAUUUUUGUGACGACGACUGGACGAUAAAAUCAACAGACAAGACUCCCCGGCUCUCAAAUUGUUUAAAUUCACCGAUUGCUGAUUUUAUAAGCUAUCCUGUGUUAUUAAAAUAAGAGUGUUUUACCACUCAGGUGCGCAGUAUGUGUCAUGACCCUUCCUCCUGAAAAACAAACGUAAAGAAGAUAGCCGUGUUUCCAACCACUGCACGGAAUUUUUCCCAGAGACACUAUCCUUCAGCUCUUAUAAUCAGCUUAGCCAGAAAGUAAUCGAUAUCACACAGGUCCCGUGGUGGAGCCGGUUGAUAACUCGCGCCUUUGGAAUGGCGUGGUAUAAAGCUAGAGAGAAUCGUACUUUGUAUUUCUAAUUCGAAGUAAAACAAACAAUUUUGACAUUAUACCGAGACAUUAAAAGGCUCACGCCCCUACUUCGUUAGUGCGUUUAGUACGUUGUUCGUCUUGAUCACUGAAAUCUUUAAAUAAAAAAAAAGCAACUUUUUUGUUUUCGUGCGGGUGUACGCGUUGGAAAACAACUGAAUGUUGAAGAUUGACAAAUAUUGGCGAAAGUGACAUUCCUCAACAUUUAGUUCGUUUAGCUGCCUCAUGGGUCGAGACAGAAACAUUCUGUACCAAUCAUUGCAAGGUACUUCACUAUCAUUACCUCUUACUUUAUGUUGUCAUUUUCCAUCUUUCCGGCGUUUGACAGGAAAACCCAGUACAUGUUGUGAUGCUUAAUUGUCAAUCGUUUGAUUGCAGUUUUGCGUGGGCUCUGCGCAUAAAAAUUGAUGUGUUAACUUUAAUUGAUGUGCUUGUUUGAAGCAAGAAUGUCUAAGUCAGUCUCACUAGGAAUGUAUUCUGUCAGAUUGUUUUCAUCAAAGCUAAAAAUAAGCUGCUGAUGUAUUUUUAAGUUAAACUGAAUGAAUAUCUCUCGGGUGACGACUUUUCGAAAAUUCUGCCAAACUAAGCCACUGUCAUCUCCUUCUUUUUUUUUUUUUUUUUUGUUGACACAACUUGAAUCGCUGCUGAAGGUGAUGCAAAUGAAAUGUCCGAAUUGAAGUUAAUCUUAUUUAAGUCAUGUUUUGGCUUCUGUAAAUGUAUUGAACAGGCCAAACAGAGGUGGUUUUAAUCAUAUCAAUUGUUGCUAAAAUUUCAAUCGUCAAUCUCGGUCCAGGCGUAGGGCAGAUUUGGAAACACACCUUCACUAUUCGGAAUCACAGUAAAAGAUGACCCACUUCUAAUCAAUUUGUUGAUGUUUCACUUUGCAGUGAUAGCCAAGAGUGUAUCACAACGAACAAGCUCAAAAGGUGAACAAAACAUUUAUCAUUUUAACGAGUAUUCAGUUAUCUUCUUCUCCUUUCUGAGGGGACGCCAUUUAAACAUUGGGUAAAAAUUAAGUUGUUGUUUUUUUUAGUAUUAUAUUGUUAAUUUUGCUUUCAUCAUUAGAUGAAGCAAGCUGUGAUUUCGAGGGGAACACCCACCCAGCCGACACCACGUUUGUCACGGCCGACUGUUCUGCGCAGUGCUACUGUACGGUAGAUGGGGAUUUAAGCUGUCUGCCUAUUUGCCCUACUCCUGCACCUACUCAAUGCCCCCCCGGAAGGGUCCUGAGAGAGGAAGAAUACCCAGCUGUUUCAGGAGGUGGCCGUUGUACUUGUAAGAGAAGAUUCUGCGCCCUUGAAAAAGGUAACGCCAGUUUCAUAGCGGGCGGACGCCUGCGUAUGCAUGUGAGUGUUGGUUUCAAGAGCUCGCAAGAAUGGCAAUCCUGUUACCAGCUUUUCACGACGCGAAAUCUUUUAAUGCACUUCCUGAGUACAAAGCAAGUUGUUUUUCGAGACGAUGAUUCAUCGUGAAAUCAACUUUUUUCAUUUUCUCACGCUUACGUUUGUUUUGAUCUACUUGCACAACUUAUGAUAACAUGUGCUAGUGAUAGUCUUGUACUCGUUCAAAAACUCUCCCCUUUUAUUUUUUUUUGUUUGCGUGUUUUUAAUGUCCUGCGGUACUCUUUGUUAUCAAGCUCACAUUAUGCGAGGCAUAAAUGAGUUUUUAAUCUCUAAGAGCUAUCGCUACAUGAUACAAAGUAAACUGUCGUAAAGGUGAUAAAGUUUCAGCGAAAGUCUGGCAUAGUAGCUCUUAGCAGAAUCCAAACUUGGACACCGCCCUUUUUAUCCACUUAUGAGCUAAGUAGUCCGGGUCUUAACCAGGUUACAAAACUAUAGUCACUGGCUUUGAGACAGAAGAUACGUACAGUAAUGCAGUCGGUUUUUUUUCGGAUAUUUUAUCUCCAGUUUAAUCCUCUUCAAAGUGUCCUUGACUUAAGAAGCCGCAAAGCGAGUGAGUGUGGUAAUUCUAUCGCCAAUUAGAAAGCAGGAAAUAUUAUUUUCGAGAGCCUUUUGGGAGCACGUUUUAAAAUCAACGCGUCGCAUCACAUGAAAACAAUAAGUUAGGUUAGGUGUAAUGUUUUCUCUCCCGUUCAUUUAUCUAUGUAUGGCCAAAACUUGUAUAUGAGAUACAUUUUUUAGGCGGAAACGGCCGCCCAAGUUUUAUUCCUUUCCUUUCGUUGAUAAUUACAACCAACAAACACGGAUACAUAAGUGCAUUUAUUGUAACACCGCAACCAGGUUAAUUAUGACCUGUCAGAAAAAUCCUGCGUAAAGCCACAGACAACCGAAAACUACAACGAGUUUAAGGUUAAACUGUUUCGGGCGUUUACUUAAUCGAAAGAUUUUAUUCGUUUCCUCGCACCAAGAGGAGUGAGAGACAAACAAAAGUUCUGGUUCCCCACGAAGACUUUAACCUCAAGGCAUCCCACCGCGCAAUCCAAAGGUCUGAGGUAUGAUUGCACCUGAUUGACUCAGUGUUUUUCUUUGUGCUACAAUCGAGCAAAAACAAUAAACAUCGCUCUUCCUUCCGAGCAGAAGUUUCCAUCUCUCCAUUCUAAAAUUUUGUUUUGAUAUGAGUCAAUUUAGAUCACAUGAGAUUAUAUUUCUCGAUAGUAAUUGGACAAAAAUCAUCAUCUGCGAUAAAUCUGAGGUUAAUUCCCAAAACCAAAGGGCAGGGAGAGAAAUUUUGUGUCUCGAGUUAGCGUUACACCGAGAAAUAUCGAUGAGAGAUUAUUGUUAUGGAAUCGUCAACCUAUUUCUUGUUUUGCCAACCGAUGAAAUAAUGUUGUUUUUAAAACCCUUGUUUUUCAAGGGCAUCAAAUCUCCCAGGCGACUGAUUAACUAGUUUACGAAUGAUUGCCAGUUAAGGCAGAUUAUGUCUACAGUACAACAUUAGUACGUUUAAGAUUUGUCGGAAACAAAUACAUUUAAGCUGAUGUCUAUUGCUGCAAAACACAUUACUCAAUCUUAUGUGCGUAAUUUCCCAUAGGUCAUGGAAUUAACUUGGUCAUAAAUCAUUAUUAGGACAUUGAAAAACAAUCAGAAACAUGACUCUGGCGAUUUCAUGAUAUGCAGCCUCAUUUCAGCGUUUAAUAGGCAAGAGAGAAAUUCUGUGAUGUCCUCUACAGGUUUCUAACUAUUGGAAUAAACAUUUUUGAGAGUGGUGGGAAAGUAGAGUUAAAAUUUUUGGCAAUAUUGCUUAACUUUUUUGAACUUGUAACCUCACCCACUGAUAUUUUUCGUGACUUUCUUGAGCAUUUUGUUUUUCUCUCUUGUGCCUUCCCGUGAUCGACUCCUGUAGCUGGACGCACGCAACGAUUUGACCCUCAUGAAAAAACAACGUAAAAAGGAUUAACAGUGAUUUAAGAAAUGAGAUUACAGAAGGUACUAUUACGGUGCGCGUGUGUUUCGGACUUCACGCGAUGGCGCUCACUGUUGGGUGGUGGUCUGAUAAUAGGAGUUGUGAGGGAACCGUAGAAUGUUGCGAUACCCAGAACAUUAGGUCUCGCAAUGCGAAUGUGGCCGUGUUAAUGGCGCUUGAUCAGUAGAGUAGAACAAAAAUUUGCGGUCUAUUUUCCUCAUCUAGGGUUCUGUAAUUCUUUUUUUCUUUUUCUUUCUUUUUUUUUUUUUUUUUUUUUUUUUUUUUUUUUUUCAAUUCCUUCAAGAAAGCGUUUAGCUUGACAGAAAACGUCCUGAUGCGCCUUGUGCAUUCGUGUGAAAUGGUAAACACGACUAAAAGAUAAAAAGAUUAAAUGGCGGAUCAAUUGGAUAUAAUGACCUGGCGUUUCGGUGACACCCUGUGGCCUCUGGAUCACGCUCGCAAAACUGAGUUUUAUUACGCAAUUUAAAAGAGAAUUGACACGAAAAAUUAUAUAUUCUUAAACAAGAUAAAUAAUUAAGAAGAGUCUUUAAUACUGUUCGUUGAGUAGAAGUAAAGACUCCACAUUUCUCUAUCACGAGACCGAAUGGCGAAGCACUUCAGAAUCUUUAUCGUAUUUCUCACAAAAAAGGAAAAAAAAAAUUUGAUAAUAAUUAAGCCUUCCGUCGCACCAAAAAAACUAGCUAGCUUUAUUAAAAUUCCUUACACAAAGCUGCAUUCAGCAAGCUCCAAAAAGCUACGCUAUGAUUCAAAUCAUAGAUCAGACAUGGCGCCAAAGGAUUUCAAACUCGAGCGGUAAAUACACUUAGUUUACUUGGCCUUGGUAAUGACACAACAGUUUUGAGAAUAAGAUCUAUUUUAAAAAAAACAUGGAUGCACGCCUGUUGCUGCUUAUCUUGUCAAGACUGAAGCCAAUGUGCUUUACGCAAUGGCAUCGAAAGAAGCGGACAGUGUUUUGAUAAAUCCAAUAUACUUCCGUGUCUAAACGUUGGUUUCCGUACCCUCUAAAGGCGCGAUCGCUGUUAAAUAAAAGAAAUUCCCAAAAAGCGUUUUUCGUUUUGUAGAGGAAAUAAUGAAACUUAUUCUGUUUUCUUGAUAAAGUAACUUUAUGUUUUGUGUCUAAAGGAUUCCGGGGUUGUUUUUUUUUACCUCCUUCCCGUCGUGAGGAAAACUAAAAUGGUUAAUCCAGCCCUCAUCAAUCAUGUUUUCAUACGCCUAAGCCUUAUAUUUAUUCAGAAUGGUCGUUAAAGACACAGCGACUUUCCAUUUAAAGCCGCCGAAGAAAACUAAGGGAGAGAGCUUAAUCCUUGAGAUUUUGAGGUUAGGCGUGACUAGUAAUGGAAUCAUGAUUGAGUAGAGUCCAACUCGGUCUAUAAUCAUACGAGUGAUUAACAAAAUCGGACGACCGCGAGGCUAGAGCCGAUUUGUUAAUUACGAGCAUGAUUUGUCCUCAAAUCGAACCGGUGAGAAUCAAUCACGUCCGAGAAUUGUUGCAGUUUUGACUGCCAGAUGUUGCUAUUUAUCACUUUUCAUAUCUUUAUGCAAGUUGGCGCAAAAAAGAUAUCUUUUAGUUCGAGUUUUGCUAAUAACCUUUAUUAAUCAAUUAAUUCUUUGGCGCAAAAUGAGGGUAAUAUAAUAAUGAAGCACACAGGAAAUCCAAAGAGUGUUUGUUUGAUCUAUAGCGUGCAUCACAUGAUAUGUCAUAAUCAUAUUUUCUAUUUCCAGUUCUGUGUUUCAGAAAGGAAAAUGGAGAAAAAUACAAAGUUGGAGAGACAUUCAGCUUAAAUAACUGCUCCAAGACAUGCAGAUGUAAUGAAAACGGUCAAAUAUCAUGUGCGCCGACGUGCUCGAAAAACACCUGUCCCAAGGGAACACGGCCCAAAAGGAACGGUGAAAUACAACUUGAAAAUAACUGCUCGUGCGCCAUACAAGAAUGUGUCGCAGGUGACUCUUAUUUUAUAUGCUAGGGGGGUUUCUACAGUCCAAUGGUUUACAUGUGGCCCCUAGAGCGGGUGGCGAGAAAACAUAAUGCCGCUCUUCUUACAGUAUGCUUGUACAUCUCAGGUUAUAAAAAGCAGUCAUGAUAAAAACUAAGGGUUCUUAAAGGUAGAGCAAGUAUACCAGAAAUUUGGAAUUGUGACAGUUGAACCGUCAUUGAAAAUUUUGAUUAUUGACAGGCAUCUAAAAGUCGGUCAUUUUUUAACUGAAACAGGGGAGCAAUAAAAUCUACCAUCCCUCCCAUGGCAUGCUUGGUCAAAACACGUCACCCCUCCUCGCUUCCCAGAAUUUCGCCAAGUUACCCUGACGCUUCGCUGGUAUCAAGUACAAAUAGACUGUGAGACUAAUGUGUUUAGUUAAAGAAAACAUUUAAAUGAUAUGAACUGGUCCUAACUCCACAUCUUUUAGGCUCAGUGGUUUAGUGUUUGUUUUUGUUGUCAUCAGCUUGCCUGAGACGUCAUAUAGUUUAGUUUUAUAUUUGUUAUUCCGUGUACGUCAACUGUAGUAUACUUGAAUAUCAAUAAGUUUAUAACGUCCUUGUGGUGAGCCCGGCAGAAAUCUUAGAAAAGAAACCUGACUAUCCAUGAAUAAAAAUAUGCUUUCUUUCAGUUCCCAAAUCGUUCUGUUACGUCGAUGGUCGACGAUUUAGGCGCGGUCGCGUUUUCAUUACGAAAGACUGCAAGCUCAAGUGCCGCUGCAAGAAGAACGGCAAAACGCGAUGUACACGGUUAUGUAAGAAGAAACAAAAUAAACAAGAGUGCGGCCCAGAUGAAACAUUGGAAAAUAUUAAUGAAUCGUCUGCUGGGGGAAGAUGCUCAUGUGAGACAAAGAUCUGUAUAUCGACCUUGGGUAAGUUUGUGUGUCUAGUAUUGUCUGCGUACGAAUGCUGAAUUGCUCUACUUUUAAAGCUUAUCCGCCAGUCUCUGAAACAUUUGCGCUACGUCUGCUGUCAGAUGGGACGCCAUGCCUUGCAGAUAAAGGACCCGUCAAAAUAAGUUCUGUUGUGUCGGCUCUUUAAUAUUCUAAUAUUCCUUCCCACCUCCCCUCGUCCCCGCUCAUUGGCAGUUUAUUGGCAGUCAUUUAUUUUCCAUAGUUCCCCUUUAUACUAUAUUAGCGACGACUGAUCCUCCUCCAUUCUCCCUGAAAACCAUGCGACCCCCCAAUAAUCCCCCCCCCCACCCCAGACGAUAAAUAAUGAAGGUCCCCAACUAGUAAUGAAUUCAUUAAAAAUUCCUCAACAGUGUAAUGGUACCUAUUCAUACUCGGAUUGGAGUGACGCCCUGUAUGCUCUAAAUCGUAAAGAGAUAACCUCGAUUUCUUAAAAUUUGUUCUCUUUUAGCAAAUGUCUGGGGAAAUAAAGUGAGUCAUCUUGAAAGCAGGAAUACCAGAGGUGAGGCUUGCGACAACAAGGAAAUUUACGGUAAAAUUAAGGCGGAAAACACAAUGUUUUGGUUUUUGGGAAAAUUUUAUCUAAGAAAAUGUUCGCUAUUGCUCGAAAUGCAGCUGGCUGAUUAGUAGGGAAUGGGUCAAACAGACUGCUUACCUAGACCCUGCUGAAUCGCCAUGGUCACUCAGGGGGGAUAGGGGAGGAGGUUUAGGAUUUUGGGGGGAUCACGUGGAUUUCAUUGGGAUCUGUCGUCACUAACGGAGUACAAAGGGGGGGGGACCAUACAAGAUUAAUUGUUAAUUAACAUCGUCAACUACCCUCAUCUCACCCCUCCUCAGGAGACAAACAAUAAGCAGUCCCUUCAAUAAUUCAAAGCCGAUGAAAUUUCUUCUAAUUCCAAGGUUUGUUUGUUUUAAUUUCAGAUGCAUAGUGCCAGCAUCAUACACAUUGCAUUGACUCGAUCAAGAGCAAGUGCAAUACUAUCAAUUAAGGACCUUGCAGCGAAGCCAAAUUCAUUAUUUCAUGACACUUUUUUCAUAUGGUAUCAUACGUACGCCUCUACCCGAUAUUGGCACCCAAAUAAGCAAAGCACGAUUUCCUGAUAUUCCAAAACAUUCGUAUAAUCAACUUUAACGACUAUGUCUCUGGUGUAACACCUGGUUUAUUUACUAAGAGCGUAGGCUGAUAUGGAAAAAAAAUGGAAACGAUUUUUUUCUUAGUUAGAAAUAAAUUAAGCUUGGUUUUAUGCCGGGAUAUCGAAAGAAAAGGCAAUCACUAGCUAUAAGGAUAGGAAAGAAAUUUUUUAGAGUGGCAACAAGUUAGUUUAAAAAAAGGAUCAAGCUCUUUGGAAAACAGGGAGCGUUAACGGGCUCAUUAGACAGAUAUUCUCAUUUUUGCAUUGUAGUGUAUAAUUUAGGAAUCAUAAUCAUAUCAUCGUUUUCAUGAUUGAGUAGACGAACGAAUUAUACGUGAUUAGUCUUUUUACGUAACCAAAUUAACUAAAAAGUGUCUCUGUGAUAGUUUUGACAAGGAUAAAUCAAAGAAAGUAAAACUGAGGCUUCAAAUGGAGAGAAAUAUUCAUUGGGGUGUGGCGUGCACUUUACCCCACUUAAAGAAAUAGUCUUUAGUGCAUAAAGCACCCUUCGCUCAAAAAGGUAUGAUUUCAAUUUUACGAAAGCUGAUUAACGUAAAAUCUUCGCAUAUCUUAGGUAACAGUAAGCCGUUUUAGCCGUUUUAGUAACCUGAUGACCUCCUUCAGGCAAUCUAUCUAUCUAUCCCGUCGAUAGAUGUUCCCUUUGAGGGAGAAAUCAUACGAGUUUACUUAGUUUCUUUGGGAUCGAAGUAUCUCCGCGUUAGUAUCCGACCAAAAUGAGUAAGCAUCCCCAGAUGUCGCUCCCGUGUACGGAGGCAUCAAUGAAGUACCUUUGAAGUGUUUGGAGCUUCACUGAUAAAAGCGUUAACUGUUACUUUUUUUUUAAAUUAUUCACUUCUAUGCAUCUCACUGCUAUGCAUUAUUAGGCGCGAAAUACACAGAGAGAAGGAAAAACUGAAGCACUUUCAUCUGUUAUGUGGACAAAAUGUUGAUGAACAAACGUUUUUCAACUCUUCAAUUUAGAACGCUUAAACUUAUUAAUACGUUACAUAACUUAAAGGUGACUGACUCGGUGCCUAGAAAAGACAUGCAUCAAUACUAACAUGUACUGUCGUCUAGACUUUGAAACAAUAUAGGUAAAACUGCUGCAAAGUAGCGCAAGUGGUUGGAAUAUACUGUUAUUAUAACUUAAAUAAAGGUUCUGAUACUCGAGUUUUACAUAAUUAAUUAUUGUGAGAAUUAUUAAUUCCUUGAGGCAACAGGAAUUUGUGGAAAUUUUGUCUAACUAGUAAUAGCAGAUAAAAAAAUGCAACCCCUUGAUGUUCAGUUAUAACGUACCAAAUAGGCCACGCAGUAACUAAAUUAACUUCCUUCCGUCGAAAAAUUAAUUUUUGUCUCUGAGGACAUUUCAUUUCUGCGUUUCCAAGAAGACUCCAAUUUUUUUCUGACUUCUCUAGUCUGAAACGUUCAAGAGGAAAUCUGUGAGACGUAAAGCGACAAAACAGGUUUGUUCUAACUCUGUGACGUGAGUGGUCACUAACUAUGGGUCACAUCAGGAAAAAGAAAACUUUACAAGAUAUGUCUGUUGUCCCCUUCCUUUAUAAUUAAGGGAUUAGACAACAUCAUACGCUCUAAUCGUUUAGUAAUCGUUCUUAACGAGAACUUUUUUUACCAACAGGGUUAUUACUGAGUUUUUGGCUGCCUUGGUAACCGUGUGAUGUAAUUCGUUAGAAUAGAUUUUUAAAAUUAAAGGUGA